AGCUGCCGGAGCACGUAAACGAGCGCGUUGGAUGCAGGAGAGAUUAUCGAGUAACGGCUUAAUGCGGAAUGCGAUCGGGCCUAUGUAGCAGUGCCGCCUGGUAAAUAGUGUGACUGAUGAAUUUAACAAUGGAUUGUUAGUCAGCCUGCAUGGAUGCGUGGACUUUCCAAGAUUAUUAUUGAUAUUUUAUUACCCGUACCAUAACAAACAGGUUAUGGAAUUUGUAAGCACAACUCACGGCAAACCAUAUAAUGUAUACUUAUGAGCUACAAAUGAUUAACAAUUUUGUCAUUUAUUGUCGGCGUCAUUUUAAAUAUUUUCAUCUCUCCUUUAUCAACAUUCGAUUUCCGCACAGUCUGCACUAGAUUCCACUUAUUAAUCCCACGAGCUACACCGUACACUGCACCCCGGCAAUUAUUUUCCUAUCAGCGCCGUUAACCGCUCUGGAAGAUGUUCCAUACUAGUAUCUACAUCACGCGUACGACAGCGGUUGACGUAGCCGGGUUGUUCCACUGUACUUAUCGGCUUAAAAGCAAGAAGUAUUUAUUCCGCAUAUUUUGAUCGGAACUCCUGUUCGGUUUUGCUGCCGUCUAACAUGAACUGAAGUUUAGGAUUCGUUUAUUACUCAAAGUGGACCAUGCCGCUAGAGCAACAGUCGAGGCCGGGCGAAGAAACAGUCUACUUCUUUCAACAAUCACCUGCCGUUAUCAAGUCGAGCAGUCUCGAGGAGCUGCUACAAAAGCCUGAAGAAUGCUGCUUUAUCAGUGUUGAAAACGAAGAUUAUGAUGGAUCUGCAGUCGGACUUCCCGUCACCUUUUCCGAUGAAAAAUGGAAGACGGUACAGGCAUUUCUAUUCCUAUUGGCAGGGUUGUCCGUUUCAGCACUGGCAUUGGCCGGCGUUCACGAUAGGCAGCCAAUCACGUCGCCCUUGCCGGACAUUGUCUUUACGUAUUUCAACCAAGUGGACAACGGACUCGAGAUGUCCGAAUAUUUGAUUUUGCUGGUUACAUACUCCACUUUCACGACCAUGCUGUUUCAUCAUCACAGAUGGAUAAUUUUCCGAAGAGUAUUUGUGGUCGCUGGUCUGCUUUACCUAGGCCGAGGGGUGACGAUGUUCGUUACCGUAUUGCCGCAAGCAAAUCUCUACUAUCCAUGUGCUGCAAAGAUGAAUAAUACCAAUCCGUUGCUCAUAGCUCGUCGUGCUGUAUCGCUGCUGAGCGGGCUUGGAUUGUCAAUCAACGGAAAACUCGUUUAUUGUGGGGACUUCAUUUACAGCGGCCAUACGUGCUCACUUGUGCUUUGUUCAUUGGUGUUCGCGGAAUAUACUCCUCAGUCACACCUGUUUUGGCGCAUAGCCAAAUGGAUCAUCUACGGAUUCGCCACACUGGGCAUCUUCUUCGUGACAGUAUCCAGAACCCACUAUACUAUUGAUGUGUUAAUUGCGUACUGCGUUACUACCGUUUUAUUCCGUGUUUACCACACAAUAUCGUCCAAUUCUCAGUUAAAGGUCGAAUCGACUAACAACACUCCAAACUACCUUUCUCGAUUGUGGUUUUUCGGCAUAAUCAGUUAUUUCGAAAGGAAUACACCAGAUUCCAAGUUGCCAGCGCGAUUUUCGUGUCCCAUUAGACGACCGGCGUUGCCGCGAUGCUUGUCAUUUUGUCAGAAUGUGCGAAGCUGGUUGGCUACUGAUAAGCUUCAGUUUGAAGAUCAGAAACUUUUGUCCUCUCAUUGAUUUAUUGACCACGAAAUUUUGUUUUUAUUUGUCCACAUUUUGCUGGCUGAGUGGCUGUGGUUGUACUACAGUCCGCAGUGUAUAUUAUUAGUUGUGUUAUGGUGGAUUUUGUCUCUGGUAUUGUCGUAACUGGUACGGUACAGAGCACUUUUUUGCGUGUUUCGCAAUAAAAAGCUUAAUCCCUUGUGA